GGAGAAAGUGCACCGGUACAAAGUAGAUUCCAAUUCCAAUCGCUUUUCCCUGGGUCAUCACAGAAAGCACACACACCACAAGUAUCAUGAUCAGGCGAAUGAUUACCACCAUGGAAGGUUUCAAAAGCAGCAUUUUUGUGGACGUCGAAAGAAAUGUAUACACACCUAAGCCACCGACAGAGGAUACAUACAUCCUAUCGGAUGAAUAUGGAAGUUCAGCAAGGUUCAAAAGAUCAGCUGUUAAAACCCAGAAAAGUGGAAGUCUGAAUGUUGAAACGCUUGUUGUAGCGGAUAAAAAAAUGUUGGAGAAGCAUGGCAAGGACAAUGUAACCACAUAUAUCUUAACAGUUAUGAACAUGGUUUCUAGUCUUUUUAAAGAUGGAACAAUCGGAAGCGACAUAAACAUCAUUGUUGUGAGCCUUCUUCUUUUGGAACAAGUGCCUGGUGGAUUAAUGAUCAACCAUCAUGCGGACCAGUCAUUAAAUAGCUUUUGUCAGUGGCAAUCUGCUCUGGUUGGAAAGAACGGAAAGCGUCACGACCAUGCCAUCUUGCUUACAGGAUUUGAUAUCUGCUCUUGGAAAAAUGAACCCUGUGACACUUUAGGCUUUGCCCCUAUUAGUGGCAUGUGCAGUAAAUACCGUAGCUGUACCAUCAAUGAAGAUACAGGGCUUGGCUUGGCUUUUACUAUUGCCCACGAAUCCGGACAUAACUUUGGCAUGAUUCAUGAUGGAGAAGGAAAUCCCUGUAGAAAAGCCGAAGGUAACAUUAUGUCUCCCACGCUUACAGGAAACAAUGGGGUGUUUUCCUGGUCUGUAUGCAGCAGGCAGUAUCUCAAUAAAUUCCUCAGUACAGCUCAAGCUGCUUGCCUGAUUGAUGAACCUAAACAAACAGGACAAUAUAAAUACCCUGAUAAACUGCCAGGGCAGAUCUAUGAUGCUGAUAUCCAGUGCAAAUGGCAAUUUGGAAUGAAAGCAAAACUAUGCAACCUCAGUUUUGUCAAGGAUAUAUGCAAAUCACUCUGGUGUCAUAAAGUAGGUCAUAGAUGUGAGACAAAGUUCAUGCCAGCAGCGGAAGGGACGGCUUGUGGCAUAAGUAUGUGGUGUCGAAGAGGUCAGUGUGUCAGAUAUGGAGAUCAUGGACCCAAGCCUGUUAACGGCCAAUGGGCUGCAUGGUCCGAGUGGUCCAAGUGUUCUCGGACCUGUGGAGGUGGAGUCACCUAUCAAGAGAGACACUGCAAUAACCCAAAGCCACAGUAUGGUGGCAAGUUCUGUCAGGGCUCCAGUCGUAUUUAUCAGCUUUGCAAUAUUCAGCAAUGUCCACCCAAUAGUCUGGAUUUCCGUGCCCAGCAGUGUGCAGAAUUUAACAGCAAGCCUUUCCGUGGAUGGUACUACAGUUGGAAGCCCUAUACUAAAGUUGAAGAGGAAGAUAGAUGUAAAUUAUACUGCACAGCUGAAGACUUUGACUUUUUCUUUGCAAUGUCCAGCAAAGUGAAAGAUGGAACCUUAUGCUCCCAGAACAAAUAUGAUGUUUGCAUUGAUGGAAUUUGUGAACAAGUAGGGUGUGAUCGUGGACUUGGUUCAAAAGCUGCUUUGGAUGCCUGUGGAGUUUGUAAAGGAGAUAAUUCAACGUGCAAGUUCUUUAAAGGCCAGUACUUGAUCCAGCACAAAGCUAAUGACUAUUAUCCAGUGGUCAUCAUUCCAGCAGGAGCACGUAGUAUUGAUAUCCAGGAAUUGCACAUCUCUACCAGCUAUCUUGCAGUGCGCAACCUGAAUAAGAAGUAUUAUCUAACAGGGGACUGGACAAUUGACUGGCCAGGAAAGUUCUCCUUUGCUGGGACAAUUUUUGAUUAUCAACGCUCUUUUAAUCAUCCAGAGAGUCUAUAUGCAGCAGGGCCAACUAAUGAGACGCUAGUCUUUGAAAUCCUGUUACAAGGCAAAAAUCCAGGUAUUGCUUGGGAAUACACAUUCCCCAAGAUCAUCAAUGAGAACAAGACAUCUGCCAAAAGACAUAGCUACUCCUGGGUGACAGUGCAGUCAGACUGCUCAGCUUCCUGUGGCGGGGGGCACAUUACAGCAAAAGCUAUUUGUUUACAAGAUCAUCGUACACGAGUUAAUUCCUCCUUUUGUGGCCCAAGGACAAAGCCUUUAACUGAAACAAAACUAUGCAAUGCUAAUCCCUGCCCAGCAUUCUGGUCGACAGGUGAAUGGAGUGUAUGCAGCAAGUCUUGUGAUGGAGGGCAACAAAGUCGCCCAGUUCAAUGUGUCCAGAAGACUUUUCAAAAGGAAGAGGUGGUAGCACAUUCUCUUUGUCCAGUCAGCACUCCAGCCCAAGUACAGAUAUGUAAUACCCAAGACUGCCCACCUGAAUGGAGCCCUGGACCAUGGUCUCAGUGUUCAAAGACCUGUGGGAGAGGCAUUAAGAAACGGGAUGUCCACUGCAAAAGCACCAGCCCUUCCAAGCUGAAAAUCUUACCAGAAAGUAUGUGCAGCAGAGAUCCCAAGCCAGAAUCCCAACAGAUCUGUGUACUAGGACGAUGUCCCAAAAACGAUCGGCUCCAGUGGGUGGUUUCUUCUUGGAGUGAGUGCUCAGCCUCCUGUGGCCCAGGUAUUAAAAAGCGGGAAAUGAAGUGCAGCGAGAAAAGCCUCCAUGGAAAAUGGAUCACUUUCCCUCAGCGAAGAUGUCGGAACAUAAAGAAAUCAAACCUAGAACUAGAAGAAGCAUGUAACAGAGGAGCUUGUCCAUUUCAGAGGCUAUACCGCAUGGUGUCCGGAUGGUACUCCUCACCCUGGCAGCAGUGUACAGUAACGUGUGGUGGGGGAGUGCAAAUCCGGAGUGUGCAGUGCCUCCAGCAGGGGCAACCAGCAACUGGGUGUCUGCCACAUCAGAAACCAGUGGUGUCUAGAGCCUGCAAUACUAACUUCUGCCCAGCUCCAGAGAAAAAAGAUGAUCCCUCUUGUCUGGAUUUCUUCCCUUGGUGUCAUCUGGUUCCCCAGCAUGGUGUCUGCAACCACAAAUUUUAUGGCAAGCAGUGCUGUAAAUCAUGCACAAGGAAGAACUGAUUGCAAUAUUUUAUUGCAAUCCUGCAAUGUCAAGAUUCUCCCUUUUUGUUUACUUGAAAUUCAGUUGACUUUAAGGCAGGACCUGGUGCCACAUAAGCCACUGAUGGAAGAGAGAUGUACGGCAGAGUACCUUUCUAGGGGAUUAUCUGAGGUACAGUAAUUGUUAGAUAAACGGUGAUCCAGGACUGUUUUUUUGCUGACCUCUCUAAAGUGCAGAGUAGUAUGGAUCACUUGAACACUCCCAAACAAGGGUCAUUUCUUCCCAUCACUCUUUAAAUACGUCAUUUUGCACUGUCAUAUGUGAUAAGGAAGAAAAUAAGGUAAGUAAUGCUCAUCCGCAUAUUUAUUGGAAUGUGAGCAAAAGAGAUUGAGAAUUCCAUGCCGGAGGUUACAGUGUGGCAGUAUAGUAUAUCUCAGUCUAUCACCAUUGCUUCUUUUCAGUAUUUGUUAUGAUAAUGUCCAUUCAAAGUAAGGAGGAGGUUUACUACCGUCCUCAUGAGAGAGAGGUCCAUAUGGCUGUUGCUCGGAGCAUGCAGUGUCACACAUCACACGUGUUGUAACUACAAUAAGUAUAUAGUGCACUACUAAAGUAAAUGGUGCUUCUGUAUUACACUUGCUGCUGGAAAAGCAAGUUUGGCAUCAUGCUAAUGUUUUUAUUGUUUUGAAAACUUACACUUUCUGCUUAGUGUAGAAACUCAGAGGUGGUUAACUAGCAACUUGAAAUGUAUUCCUAGAAAUAUUCAGCCAGUAGACUAUGUGGGACUUUUAGUAUUGCUGUGUAAUACAAGUAAAAUAGAAUUUCACAUUUUGACUAAC